GUGGUUGGACCAGAAGAUCUCGGAGCUCUUCUCCACCCUAACGACUCCAGCGUUAGCUCCCGGAGCCGAGCCCUGCCGCCGCCCCGCCCCUCGCGCCUGUGACGACAGCGGCGCGCGCCGCGGUGGCGGGAGUUGGCGCGAAGCUUUGCGGGGUUCCGGGGUUAGGGGGGGCGGCGGCGGCCAUGGAGCCGGAGGCGUCCCGCUGAGGAGGCAGCGCGCCGCCAGCAGCAUGGAUAUCCGGAAAUUCUUUGGUGUUGUACCCCCUGGGAAGCGACAAGAAUGCGAGAAUGUGAAAAAGAGUGACAAAAUAAAAAAUGGGGAAGGAGACUCGAGUGGGAAAAAGAGGGGAAAAGAGACUAAGGUGAAGAAUUCACCCAGUGAAGAUGUUCCCAAACAAAAGCAGACAUACAAGAAAAAAAGAAUCAUCUAUGAUUCAGAUUCAGAAGAGGAGGUGCAGUCAGUGAAAAAGUCCAAGAAGCCAUCAGAGAAAAAAGCAGCCACUCCAAAACUUGGUAAAGUUCUAAAGCAGCAUCCUGUUGUUUAUGUUUCAGAGACAGAUGAAGAUGAUGACUUUGUCAAUAAGAGAAUUUCCCUGAAACCAAAGGAGAAUGGGGCAUCAGCAAUCAGUUGUCCAGGAACGACGACGGUGAAAAAGGAAGAUGUAAAACCACGAGCUAAACCUAAACCGUUAUCUCCAGUGAAGCUGACUCCCACCUCAGCUCUCGAUUUCUUUGGAACAAGUAGUGUCCAGCGAUCAGAAAAGAAACUGGUAGCAAGUAAAAGGAAGGAACCCUCACAAAGCAGGGACAGCACAGUGGACGAUGAAGCCAUUGCUAGGCAACUGCAGCUUGAAGAAGAUUCAGAGCUGGAGAGACAGUUGCAUGAAGAUGAAGAAUUUGCUAAGACUUUGGCCAUGUUGGAUGAAACACCACAGAAGAAAAAGGCUCGGAGGGAUUCGGAAGAGCAGGCAGUACUGAGCUUCAAGAGCAGUCCUAAUGUGACAGACAGAUACAAGCAAUCUCAAAGAGUGAAAGCAACAAACUCAGCAGGUGAAGCAAAACAAACUAAAUCUGAAAAUUCAAAAGGGUCCCAUUUACCCCCACAAUCAACUGAUGGUAAACUAGCAGAAGAGUCGACUGAUAAGACCUUGCCUUUGAAACCUACCUCUAAGCUUGUGGCUCUUAAACGAAAAGAAGAGAUUGCUGAAAAGGAAAGAGGCACUCAAAGUUCAGUAUCAAAAGAAAAACUUCAGGGAAAAGAAGAGAAGAAAACACCAAAGAAGGACAAAAUUUCUCCAAAGAAGGCUGAGUCUGUAAGUCCUGAGGACUCUGAAAAGAAGCGAAACAAUUAUCAAGCCUACCGAAGCUUCCUUAAUCGUGAGGGUCCGAAAGCUCUGGGUUCCAAAGAGAUACCCCAAGGGGCUGAAAACUGCUUGGAAGGCCUGACGUUCGUAAUUACAGGAGUUCUGGAGUCUAUUGAAAGAGAUGAGGCCAAAUCUCUGAUUGAACGUUAUGGAGGAAAAGUAACUGGGAAUGUCAGCAAGAAGACGAACUACCUGGUUAUGGGACGAGACUGUGGCCAAUCUAAAUGUGAAAAGGCAUCAGCUUUAGGGACAAAAAUUAUUGAUGAGGAUGGCCUAUUUGACCUUGUUCGAACUAUGCCAGGCAAAAAGUCCAAAUAUGAGCUGGCAGCUGAAUCGGAGGCAAAGAAAACAGAGUCGAGACAUAAAAAGACACCACAGAAAACUGAAGCUGGCAAAAAGAAUUUUAGCCCCCUCAAAAGGGAAGCUGAUAUUAAAAAAAGAAAUUAUACUCCUGAGAAGGGAGGUACCUUCAAAUCUGUUAAGAAAGAAACUGCUGCCGCUCGAAAGCUUACAGACUUUAAACAGCAAACAGUGGAGAAGAAAGAGGUCCCAGAACCUAAGGGGACCUUGGUCUCUGAGAUUAAUGAAAAUGGAACAGAGAGAUUGCUAUGGGUGGAUAAAUACAAGCCUACGUCUCUCAAGGCAAUCAUUGGACAGCAGGGUGAGCAAAGCUGUGCCAAUAAACUUCUGCGAUGGCUCCGAAACUGGCACAAGAAUACCUCGGAAGAUGGACAAGCAAAGGCCAGCAAACUUGGAGGCAAAGAUGAUGGUAUUAGUUCUAAAGCAGCAUUACUUUCUGGUCCACCUGGAGUUGGUAAAACUACUACAGCUGCUUUAGUUUGUAAGGAACUGGGGUAUAGCUACGUGGAGCUGAAUGCCAGCGACACUCGAAGUAAGAACAGUCUAAAGGAAGUAGUUGCUGAAUCGCUUAACAACACCAGCAUCAAAGACUUCUGUUCUGGCACAUCCUCAUCAGUUAGCGGGAAACAUGUAUUGAUCAUGGAUGAAGUGGAUGGUAUGGCAGGCAAUGAAGACAGAGGAGGGAUUCAGGAGUUGAUCGGUUUGAUUAAACACACAAAAAUACCCAUCAUCUGCAUGUGUAAUGAUCGAAACCAUCCUAAAAUCCGUUCCUUGGUCCACUACUGUUUUGAUCUUCGUUUUCAGAGACCUCGUCUAGAGCAGAUUAAGGGUGCUAUGAUGUCUAUUGCAUUUAAAGAAGGCUUAAAAAUUCCACCACCUGCUAUGCAUGAGAUAAUCCUGGCAGCAAAUCAAGACAUCAGACAGGUUUUGCAUAAUCUUAAUAUGUGGUGUGCAAAAGAUAAAUCAUUGACUUAUGAUGAGGCCAAAACAGAUGCCAGCAGAGCUAAAAAGGAUAUCAAACUGGGCCCUUUUGACGUUGUCCGGAAGGUUUUUGCUGCUGGAGAGGAGGCUUCUCGUAUGUCUCUUAUAGACAAAUCCGACCUUUUCUUCCACGACUAUUCCCUAGCACCUCUUUUUGUUCAAGAGAACUACGUACAUGUGAAACCGUCUGCUGCCGGGGGAGAUCUGAAAAAGCACUUGAUGCUCUUGAGUAGAGCAGCUGAUAGUAUAUGUGAUGGUGAUCUAGUGGACAAACAGAUUCGCACCAAGCAAAACUGGAACCUUCUACCAACACAGGCUAUUUAUUCGAGUGUUCUCCCCGGGGAGCUGAUGAGAGGUUACAUGUCCCAGUUUCCUGUCUUUCCCAGCUGGCUGGGGAAAUUUUCAUCCACAGGCAAACACGAACGGAUUGUUCAAGAACUGGCAAUGCACAUGAGUCUCAGAACCCAGAUGUGCAAGAGGACAGUAAACAUGGAGUAUCUGUCUUAUCUGCGGGAUGCACUUGUCCAGCCUUUGAAAGACUUUGGAGCAGAUGGUGUACAACAAGCUAUAACUUUCAUGGACUCUUACUGCCUGAUGAAAGAAGAUGUUGAAAAUAUCAUGGAAAUAAGCAUGUGGGGAGGCAAACCCAGUCCUUUUUCAAAGCUGGAUCCCAAGGUCAAAGCCGCUUUUACACGUGCCUACAACAAAGAGGCGCAUCUGACUCCGUAUUCCCUUAAUUCUGUGAAGACAUCUAAAAGGCAGUCAGGAUCCGUGGCAACCUCUGAACUGAGUGAAGACCUGAAUGUGGAUGAGAUCCAGUCUGAUGAGGAUGAGCAAGACAGUGUUGAAAGCGAUGCAAUGAUUAAGCAAAAAAAGGCGAAGUCUUCCAAGCUGCCAAAAAGAGAGAAAAACGAAGAACCAACAAAAAAAGAAGGGAAAAGGAAGGAGAAAACAAGACAUUAAACACAAUCUUGCUCUGGAUGUGGCUUUGCUUAUCUAACUUCUGUCAGGAACAUGAACGCUCCACUGAUGUAGCUGGGAAAGUAGAACCAGCGCGUUGAAAAUGCUCCUCUUAUAGAGGUGAUGUAGCUACUGUAUUCUCACACUAUGCAGUGCUGUACUUACUCUUAACGUGCUACGUUACAAGCUAUAAAUAUUCUUGUAAAACAAGCGCCAGGGUGCAUGAACAUGAUACAAAUGUGAUGCUUAGUUACCUGGUGUUUUUGCUAAGUCUUCGCAGGACUUCCAUUUUUUUUAUAAAUCCUCUGUUAUUAUGUGGUGAAAUCUUGUAAAUAGUACAUGAUGCAAGAAAGCUGAUUUGCAUAUUUGUACAUUAUAGGAAUUAAGCAGUAUAUAAGAUUACAAUAAAAGGUGUUUCGCACAAGUUUUUUUUUUAAAUUUUGCUUAAGUUCCUGGAAUGUUUGUCUUUCUCCUUUCCUUUUGAGGUUCUGGCUUUUCUGCAUUUGUCAGGAUGUGGUUAUAUUUUUUUCCCCCAGCUUUGCUUUUGUGUUUUAGAGACGCAGAAAAGCAGUGAGGGAUUUAAGCACUGUCUCUUCAAAGUUUGGAACUAAAAUGUUAUCUCUUUAAUCAAAGCUAGAACAGAAUACCUAAGAAUACCUAAAUACUGUUUAAUACCUAAAACUGUUUAACAGACACUGUUAAAUAGAAAUUAGCAUGAUUAAAACUCACUUGAUGUUGGAUAAGAGAACACUUAAGUCUUCUGCCACCCACAUCACACAGUGCCCCUUGCCUUUGGUGCAGACGAAAUGUAAGUUUUGCUUGAUAAGAUUUUAAUUUAAUCAAUGGGGUUUAUUACUAUAAUAAAUCAAAGUACAAAAUUUAUCAAAAGCUAAAUAUUUACAGAUUAUCACAAAAUAGAAGUGAUAUGGUUGUUGUUAAAUCCCAGUGGAGAAAACGUGUAAUGCAGUGAUAGAGUUCCUUGCAGCUUGCUGAACAAGACAGGCUGUUCUGAAAACAAACAAAAACAGUUAGUCAGACCCCAAAAUGAAGAUUCUAGUAGCAAAGUACAUGAUCUUCUGUGAGCAAAUAGAAAAAAGUGAUUAAAAAUGCAAAAAUAAGGUCAGUAUGGUGUGUUUGUAUAUAUAUAAAUUCACAAUAGCAGUUCCUGUUACUUUGUCUUUAUAGCUAAGUUUUCAUAUAAGGUAUCUGCACCAAUACAUCAGCCUUCAACUGUUACAGUUAAAUAAAUGAGGAACUUUGUUCAUGCAUUUUCAGUUACCAGUUCAACAAAACCAAACCGCUGGAUCCAGGUGUGUGGUACAGACAAAGCCUUGGUCUCAGUCUUUGAAGUAAGCAUGUCAAGCCAAUACUAUGUUGCUGUUAUCCUGUGAUAGCUUCUGUGUUAAAUAUGUUUGGAACUUACUGUACAGAUCAUUUCUCUAUCAUGGAAACCCUACAGCAUAAGAUCAUGUAACCUGCAUUUCAGCUCUGUUCCUUCUAGUUAGGAGCUCUUCCCUCCUCCCAUACUCCUAAAAUCCGAUGGCUGAUCAGUAGGAGGAUUUGCUGAGAUCUUCAAACGGCUCCCUGUGCCACUAAAGCACAGCUGGUGUUCAGGAACACACCAACCCAGACUGCUGCAGAUGAUAACCUGGUCAUAAAGGUAAACCGGUUCCAAAGUCUCACAGGGGGAAUGAUGUAACAGCUAGGUUCCUUCCAGUUCCAAAAACUACUGGGCUGUGUGCACUUGAGUGCAAACAUGUGAUAAAUCUGCACCUCAGUGAUCUGAGGGAUAGAGGCCUAGGCUUUGUUAAAUUAUUGAAACACUGAGCAUUCCUUGCUAGGAAAGGCUUCAAAUGUCUUCUAGAAUGAGCCCUGUUAAAUAAAAACAAGCAACAAAAGAACCCAAACACAAUACAACACGAACACCGUUUCUUGUACAUACCUGAACUUACUGGUCCAUGUCUUCUUGUUUGAGGUAUUGCGUGCAGUCACUUAUUUUCUUAAGAUGAACAAUGUUAAUUCUUUCAGAACACAUUGGACAUGUAUUUUCACUCUGUAACAUGCUGUUUUAAAAGAAGGUUGACAGAUCAAAGCGUAGUUCUAACACUAGCAAACCUGUACAACCUAUACUGUGUAAAAAAUAAAGGCUAGAGCAAUACAUUGUGCUUCUGUCUAGGUGGAGAAAAGUUUUUUUUUUUUUUUUUUUUAACAUAUGAGAACUAAGAUUGCAACAGGAACGUUGCUGCUGUGGCAGGUAGAGCACAAACAAAGCAUUGGGGCUAGAAGGUAGUUUCUGGAGAAGCAGUUCCUGACUGCAGAACAAGCUACCCAAGCCCAUUCCCGUACAGAUGGGUAGUAGGGACAAGUGGUGGUAGUUGUGUUAGUGGGUGCAUAUUCUUGUUUUGGUGGCUGCUGCUGUGCCUGGUUCACUUGAAAGUAAUGUUCUGGGAGUAUGUUUGAUGAAAUGCUCAAGUAAGAGGUUUUUCCCCACCCUCAGAGGCUUACUUGUUUUUAAGUACCAAAGAAAACUGUUUGCUGCUGAACUGUGAACAAACUAACAUUGGAAUCCAUCAACAGAAAAAAUGAAGUAAAAAUCCCAACUUACUUCUUGAAUUCUGAAUAGAGGGCAGGGAAGUCACAGUGGGGGCAGACUGUCCAGUCAUCUUGUACCAUGUGCCGGCCCUGCAUGCAAAGGCAACAAGUUAUUAAAGGGUAUGUGCUGUCCUAGCAGACUGGGCGCUGAGGUGUUGCUCUGUUACUGUGAGAAAGUCUCAGCAACAGCGUUCUAAAGGUCUCGAUGAAUUUAAAAACAAAAACAACCCCACUAUAAUAGUGUUACUUAUUGUGUAAAUUCUGUGACUAGAAAAAGAGCUCUGAAUGAGACAGCAUUUUCAUUAUGACUUGUAUUUCCUUUUAAAACAAAAAGUAUUAAAUUACCGCUUUAUUUUAUUUUGGCAAUUUUAUAAUGCUAUUUGUAAAUCUGCAUAGGGAGGGCUGUUUGUAAAUUUACAGAGAAUUUUUUUUGAUGCUAUGUGACAUUCAAAAAAUGUCCCUAAGCCACGUCACUUGAGCCCAGGGGGUUGCAUUUGACUGUCAGUCCGUGAGCAUAGCGGCAGUCCUGAGACUUGCCGCUUGAAGCAGAGAUUAUUUCCUUUUUUUUGUAUGGUUUCCAAUUUGCUCUUGAUGCAGAGAAUUGUUACAUAGGUUGGUCAACAUUAUAACAUGCAACAGUGCCUUAAACUGUAUUCAGCAAUUUAUGCUCUAAUACAAUAUACAACAGUAAACUCUUUUGACGCUUUCAAAAGAUAUUAGAAAAUUCUGCUGUCCUCAUGAUGUUACAAAUACCUGUGAUGUAAUUGAGCUAUAACUAAGAGGCAGUUUAAUUACAUGAAAUGUACAUGAAUACGUACUUUGGUUUCUGGCUUGCAAAGUUAUGUAUUUAAAAACUUUUUUUCCCCUUAAGAUACUACUUCUGAAAUAUACUGAUCAUAAUAUUCUGCUAAUCCAAUAGUUUUAAAAAAAGGUAUAUAUCUUUUGUAAGACCGAUUCUUUAGUUUUAAUAAAGAAUGUUUACUUAAGCAGG